AAAUCGCCUUCAUCCAAAAAACACGUAUUCGUGUUUUCCACCAACCACGUGCAACAUACGAUGGCGAGUGCGUGGGAGUGUGUGGUCAACGCGAGUGAGCCGCUGGCAGCUCGUGUGAACGCAGCGCAGGAGCUGCUCACCAACGACGUGCCCCUGCCACGCAAGCACUUUUUGCUCUGGAAGUGGGCCAACGAUGUCGUCUUCACAGAGAAACAUGCGGAGGUCGUGGACAUUGUUGCUUACUGGCAGCUGAUCCAGGAUCUCUUGGUCCAAGCCAACCCCGACACAGCCACGCUCAUCAUUCCACGCCAGUUUCUGCAGGUCAUCACCACGGUGGGCAAGCGGUUGACGGCUGAGGACAUGGCAGUGGCGGAUGUGGAGACGUGGCUUGCGCUUGUGGGGAGCUGCUUCACCCAAAUCACACAGCUUCAAGAGCCCAGGCCAGAGGACCUCAACAAGUGCCUGGGCGUCUUCUUGCAGACGUGCGCCAUGCUCUGCCAGCAACAGCACCAGCAACUACAGCAAGCCCGCGACAUUGGACAUACGCUUGCCCUGACAGUGGAGCACAUUGUCUCCCCUUGCUUGUCCGUGUACGCGGGCCAGCACAAGCAGCACAUGAACGCGCGCAAAAACUUCACCAUGCUGUGCCAGAAGUGGCUGCCCACCCUCCUGCUGCUGCACCAGCAGUUUGAGCACGUGCGCGCCCCAGUCGAGGAGGUGCUGUCUCUCAACCUCUUCUCCAGUGAACACAUCCCAUUCUUCGCACAAGCAUGCGAAGACCCGUUUCCAUUUGACCUCGGCAAAGGUGGGGGCACCACCGCCACAACCGCCACCACCACCACCAACAACAACAACAGCAGCAACAACACCAACAGCAACAACAACACAGGCUCCGCCGCCACUGAUGCUGGUACUUUGACAUCUUCCUCGUCCUCGUCUGCGAAUAAGAACGCUGCGUCGACGUCGGGGACACCGCACACCAAGCGGCCAAAGCUUGGCCAGCGCGCCGACACGUACCCACGUGCGCUCUUCGACACGCUUCGGCAGCUGCUGGCAACAUCAGAAGCAGAGGGAGAUGUGAUGGCCGGCGCAGCCCUGCACGGCAUGGUCACGCUCAUGACGGUGAUUGCCCGCCGUGUGCGCAGCAUCAUUGCGCCGCUGAGUGAUGGCGACGAUACCAGCAGCACUGCCAAGCCAACGUCGACCCCGGCAAGCACGAACAGCGGUGGUAUGGCAUCCACCAGCGCCACCGGGGCAACGCAGCAGAAGAUCAACAAGAACCCGCGCGGGACGGUGGAGGAGGUGAUGGCCUACAACGUGAUGCGUGAGUUUGUGGCCAUCCUCAUGGCCGCGCAGACGCGCUCCGCUGCAGCCACCGCCGCCACCAUCGGUGCGCUGUUUCGGGUGUUUGCCGAGCACCGCGUGUACAUGGAGACGUUUGAUGCCGUGCACGACCGCGUGGUGACCAAGUGGGCUGCCAGCGUCGCAAAGUCCCUCGUCACCGCGCUUCAUGCACCACAGCAACUAACACAGGCGCCUACAGCAGCAGCUACCACGACCUCACAUGGCAGCACCGCCGGCAGCAUCCCCGCCAGCAUCCAACACACGGCUCCUGGCGUGGAGGCCACGGCCAAGUGCCUGCACGACAUGGCAAGCUGCUGCUACCUGUUUGUGGAGGAGCACCUUGAGGCCAUCUGGCUGCAGCUGCUGCCGCGCACGUGGCUGCUGUCCCCAGCCUCUGAUCCCGCCGCAAGCGCCGUGCUCGCGUUCACGCGCUACAUCCUCUCCCUCUACGCAAAGCUGCGACAGCUGGACGCUCCCGCCAAGGCGCUCGCAACAGCAUGCGUGCACCUCGUCUCGCACGCACGCAGCACGCACACCCUCACCGCCACGAUGGAGGGUGCGGGCUGGCACGACGCCCGGGCUGUGUCUUCCCUGUUCCUGCGCGAACUGGCGCAGGCGUGGGCAGCCGCAACCAACAUGCUGCCAGCCGGGCAGAGCACACACAUCCUCACGACCGUGGCUGUAGCGUUUGAGCCCGCGUGGGAGCAUAUUCGCACAGCACGCGAGCGUGACCACGCUGACGAGAACGGGCACAGCAAGGGCAAGAAGACGCCAAAGAAGAAGGCAAAGGGAAAAAAGACAGACAGCGCUGGGGAAGCGGGUGAUGGCAGCGGUGACAUGCAGCCGGGUGCAGUGUGGGGUGCGCAUGUGGUGUGCGCAACAACGCUGUGGCUGGCCAUGAUGUCUGGCCUGCUCACCAGCAGCGUCGUUGAGAUGAGGGCGACCGCGGGCCUGUGCGCGGGCAUGGAGGCCGUGCACCAACACUGCAUGCAGCACUUGCAGGACCUGCCGCCGUCACACCCGGCGUCGGGCCUGCUGCUCAUGGUGCAGGUGCGCCUCACCUUGUACAUCACCGACCUGUGCAUUGUGCUCCUCCGCGGCAUGGACUGCCUGCCCACCAUCUCCCACAGCGCACCUGCCGGUGACGGUGACCACCCAUCAUCGUCAUCAUCAUCAGCGCCAUCGCCCGCGGAACCAAAGCACAAGCAGCUGCUCUGGUCAACGGGCAAGACAAGCCGCCGCACGGCCCCGCUCGUCGCCCGUGUCACAGAGCUGCUGGCCGCCCUCCCCAGCGUGGACAGCCUGCACGCAACAUACGACAGCCUGCAGCACAACGAGCUGGCAACGCGCACGCUGCUGGGCAUGACGGCGUUUCUCAUCCGCCAGUCCACGCUGCCAAACCUCCAGCACGCGCCAGAUCUCGUGCCGCAGCGCAGCAGGAAGGGCAAGCACGCGCGCGGCAAUGGUGGAAGCGCGCAGAAGGGAAAGAAGAGGACGGAGGAGGACACCAACGCCAUGCAAUUGGGCGACGACGUGGUGGGCACUGGUGCGGGUCAAGAAGCAACCAACGACGGUGAAGCAGCGCACGGCGGCAGCGGGGAGGCCCUGCGUGUGCGCGUGCAUCAGACGAACAAGCACCUCAUCCACACGCUGCUCGCCUUCAACCACCCGUCCAAAUGGCUGGAUGUUGUUGCCCUCUUCCCGCUCAUCUGGGAGUGGAUGGGCCGCCCCAGCGACAGCUAUGCAGUCACAACUGAUGCUGAUGCGGUGGCGACCACUGCCACUGACGCAACACCACCACCAGCACCGACAACACCAGCAACAGCAUCAGCAUCAGCAGCAGCAGCCACCUCAACACUGACCGCAGCGCAGCUGCGCUUCUGCCAGACGAUCGUGGAUGCGCUGUGGCGGGACGUGGCUGCUGCCGACGGCGUGUUGGCGCUGCUCUCCUCGCCGGCGUUUGUCAACACGGCAGAUGCGCACCCGGCCAUCGCGGGCCGCCUGCUGCGAUGCAUUACUGCGGCGCUCGGAGCCAACGUUGACCACGACGACCCAAACAUGGCCGCUGUGAUUGGCUGGAAUGACGAUGCCUCCGCAGGCCAUGCCGACACUGCCACGACUACAACCACAGCUGCAGGUUCGGCCAUCGCCACAGAUACAGCCGUGCCCGCUGUGUGCUUUGGCGAUGGCAUCGAGCACGCGGGCUCCACGUCACUGCUGGAGCUGUGCCAGGCGCUACAGCGGCUGCCGUGGCUGCACAGCCGCCACCUGUGCACACCCGUGCUGCUGCAGGCGACGCUGCCGCUCAUUGGCCAGUGCCUGGCACUUGCUGCCGUGCCAGAGUAUGCCGAGCAGUGCGCACACAUCACCGUUACCGCGUGCACGCUGCUGCAGGCCGUGGGCCAGAUGAUCCGCGGACUGGCAUUCAAACUUGGCGGCAGCAAUCUCACCGCUUCUCCCGCUGGCCAAGACAGCAACGGUGACACGGUCGGCACUGCAACCGCUGCCGAUUCAACUGCUGCUGCUAUUCCUACUGCUGGCGUUAGUUGUGGGGUCGUGGCGGAACAAGGGCAGGCGCUGCUGGCGAUGGUGGGCGAGACGCACGCACUUGUGCUGCACACGGUGGAUUUGUGCACGGCGACCAUGGCGAGUGGUGAUGAGGGCGAAGGCGGGGACGCGCUGGCAGCGCUCGCAGACAGCGACAGUGCGCUUACCGUGUGCAUGGACCUGCUGGCGUCGUUCAUUGGCAAUGAGCUGCUUGCACGCGUGCACAUGACCGCACCCGCAGCAUCUCUGGCCGCAGCGCCCGGCAGUAGUGGUGGUGCUGGUGGUGCUGGUACUGAUGGUGGUGCAACUGCAUCCAGUGGCAAGUCUGGCAAGAGCACGCGAAGAAAGAGUAAGGGCUCAUCGUCAGCCAAAGAUGAACCAUCAGCAAGUGCCGCCGCAGCGAGUGUUGAUGGUGCAAAUCUUCUAAUCCCACUCAUGCAGGCUGCGCAUGCAGCUGUGAGCAGCGAGACGCCGCUGCAGGGCGUGUUCACCCUGUCCCUCAUCGAGCGCUUCCCCGCGUUGGUGAAGGACGCGAUUGUGACGCUGACGGACAGCCAGUGCACCACGCUGUGUACUCACCUGCUCGCGGCCACGCCAGCCAUGGCUCAGCUGGCAGCAGCUGUUGGUGUUGACUCGCCAGACAACCACGCGGGUGUUGUUCUUGUUGUCGACACCGUGCUGCGCGCCCUCUCUGCUGUUGUGCCGCUGCUCGACGCUGCACACGCACCACGCGCUGCCGGCAAGGACGUCUGCAUCGCCAUCUUUACGCAGGCAUUCCAAGCGUUCAAGCUGUAUCUCUUCACAGAUGAAGAGAGCAGGUCACCCGUGCUGUCGCAGCUGACGGAGGACGCACUAGGGUCGUUGGCGAGCGCUAGGCGUGGGUUACCCCACCUCCCGCUGUCGUCAUUUGAGCGCAUGUAUGCCGCUGUUGUUCGCGUGGCCCUCCAGGCCCGCCACCGUCACGACAAGAGCGUGUCCGACGCAGCCCUCUCCUGCAUCACGGAGAUCACGCCUCGGUUUUCCGAGCAGCAGCUGCCGAGCGUGCUUGAUUUCGUGGCUUCGGUGCUUGGUGCUGCUGCCACCGCUGUUGACGACACAUCACAGCUGCACGAGUGUGCGCUCGCCAUCCACCAGUACCGCACACUCAUCACGUGCACGAACAACAAUGCGGCUGCCCUGCGUCUGAUGCGACGCGCGCACGGCCACACAUUCCGCCAUCUUCUGCGCAUCGUCGAGGCUUCGUCCCAAGAGUUGUUUGUGUGUACGACGCCUGAGGACACGCUCGAGCGUCAUGUGCUUCACACGGAUGUGAUUUGCGCAUGCUACCGCACCGUCGUCGCCCUCCUGCGAUCUGAUCACCGCAAGCUGUCCGACACACUCGCCAACGCCAUCUUGCCUGCCAUUGCCAUGGUCUCCCUACCAUCAGGCCCAGACAGACAUCAGGCGGCCUGGGCAUACAAUCUGCCCACCCUCUUUGCGUCAGGGAUGCAGCUCGUGGAGACGUUGGACCCCGUCGUGUUUGAGCUGCUGACGCGCCAGCGCCGCGUUGUGUCCACGCAGAUGCCGUCCUUUGUUGGCAUUGUCGCCAGAACAUGCGCAAGUUUCCUGUACUGGUCGUCGUGCAUUUCGCAGGUGACGGUGGACGCACACGUGGGCGUGCUGCGGCAGCUCAACAACGAAUACAAGUGGGUUGACGUUGACGAGGCGCAAGCUGCAGACGACACGACGUUUCUCACACGUGUGCGACAGUCGCUGGUGACGCGCGCCACGCAGACGGCCGGCAAGCUCGCCCGUUCCUUUGAGGACCUUGCCACCUCCAAAGCAACUCUCGGCAAGUUCGCACCGUAUCUGCUGUCUGCGUGCUUGGUCCCGCUGAGCAAUCUGAUGCUGCCAUCCAGCACGCGCACGGCGUUCUUCACGGGCAUGUAUCCGUUGGUGGACAUGUGCACGUCAUAUGACCGCGAUCUGGUGCACGCGGCGACGCCACCGGAGGCGCGACCGCUCUUCAAGCGCCUUUACGACGACUACAAGCGCUUUCACAUGUACAGGGGCCAGUUCUAGCCUGAGUGCUGUCGAGCUGUACAUACAUGUCCUGAAAUCGUUUGUGUGUGUGUGUGUGUAUGUGUGUAUGUGUGUGUGUGUCUGUGUGUGUCUGUGUGUGUCUGUG